UAGCAGACAUUAUAUGAACCACCCACGUGAGGAUAUAAUGUAUGUAUUCUUUUUUUUUGGUGGUAAAGUAAUCAUGACUCGGUCUCUGAAUAAUUCGUUUUGGAGUCCAGAGCAGAAAUUAACGAGAUACAGAGAAAUUCAGGCAGCAGCUAAAAUGGUGAGAUUUAACUUGUUGAUGAUUCAGAAUUUCUCAGAGGCAAUGGAUGCUGUGUCGGCCAUCCCUGAAUAGACCAUUCAUAACGCUGUUGCCAUGGAUUCACAGAAGGAGGAAACACAAGACAGAAGAGCCGUGUGUGAAUGUUAGCCGUUGGACUCUCGACAGGGACACAGACCGGCUAAAGCUUAUCCCAGGCUUUGUGCAAAACCAUACUGGCAGAGCAGGCAGGUGUAUCGCCUUUGCCUUAAUUAUCUUUCCUUAUUGACUCUCCUGCACACCGUCUUCAUUUAUAUCUACUGUAGUUCAUCCCCUGACCUCACCUCACAUAAGGACUCAAUGAUGCUCCACAGGUGAGCAGAGCAUUGCAGCCAUACCAGCUCAUAACAUGUUCAAAUGGACAUGUUGCCAGGACGAUCCCAUCAUGGAUGAGAGAGAGAUGCUGACGCUUGUGUCUGUGAAAAGGGUUUACAGUGUGAUAGAAGCCCUAUACUUGUUGCAGCUCUGCUAACUGUCUCAUAUUAUACUUUCUUCACUUGUUCACUCACAUCCCUCUUUCAUUAUCAUAGUUGUAUUGUAAUGCCUAAACUAUUGAGAUAUUUACAAUAUUAGUCCAUAUGUAAAGUAAAACUUAACAUCCUUGGACAAAUUCCCUGAUGUGACCUAUUUUCCUUUUUUUCACAAACAUUCUUCAAAGAGAUGCGAUAUAAUUUUACAAUUGUAUUGUUGCUAGUUAGGGUAAUACAAAUAGUCUGUCGGUGUGUGGACAGUAAUCCAUUAAUCCAUUCAAGCAAGAGGAAUAAUAACCUAAGACCUGAAUGCCAAACUGCUUCGUCAAAAUCUAAGCUAUCCCUCAUUGUAUUGAAAAACAGGAUUCAGGUGCUAUCUUACAUAUAAUAUCCUUAUUUAAUAUAGGGACUAUGUUUUUUUAAGUGUUGCUUACUGACUAAAUACUAACUCCUUAAAUGAUACACAUUGUUUUGUUCUAAUUUCAUUGAUCCUAAAUAAAGUGGUUAACAGGAAGGUGUAAAUUGUUGGGAUCCAAGAGCAAUGAAGGUCAUUAAAUGAUGCGUGAUGCAUGCGACUAUACAAUAAGAGUCAUGCAGUAACAUCAGAAACAUGUGCCGAGGAUGUUUUCGUCCCUUUAUUCUGAAAAUGCACAUUAAACAAGCGCUGUAACUCACACAAAUUACGGUUGUCAGUAUUUUCGACCAGAAGUAUUGUAAUCCCCUCUGACAGGUGUUUAGGACCUCCAAGCUUUCUCGGGGAACAUGAAGGCAACACGUCACCGGGGAUUUGGCGCGUGUCGCUUUCCAAGGUUCUGAACGGAAAACGACAUUUCGUCCAAUAUUGUCAGUAAGGUAAUAAAACCCGCGAGUUGGAUCAGCAGUUUUAUUCCACGGAUCACAAUGAGGAGACAGGAAAACCAACCUAUCAGGCCUACAGCAGGCUGCAUGUCUGUGCCGCUCUUCAACCAGAAGAAGAGAAACAGAGUUCCUUUGACAUCUGCUCCCUCUGAAAAUGAGUUCUUCUCUCACAGUGAAUACAUAACAAGUGCCAGCUCAGCUGCAUCUCACAGCACAUCAGGUACCUAUGGACGUUACCAGGCCUCAGGUCCGUCAUCUGGUGCUCCAGAAAGCCACCAGUGGAACAGGCAGAGCAUCCCACCGUCUACUCCGCCCCAGCAGUAUGGCAGCAACAGACCUGCUCCCGGACCUGCUCUCGCAAUGAGAACGUAUACACCCUUAGCACAUCCAUACAAAGUUGGAAGCAGAAGCUCUGAGAUGGGACAGCCCAUCAACCCAAUGAGACAACAUGAUUUUAGCCCUCGUGGUAACUCCGGACAGAGCAGAUAUCAAGCCCCACACAUCAGUGAGACUCCACAAAAUAAACCAAUAUCCCAUACUGGGUUAUCUCCGAUGGGUCAGCAGUCAUCUUACAAACUGCCCAAUCCCACACAUCAGUAUUCUCAGCAGCCCAGACCUCUGCCUGCUCCUGUCACACCACCCAGCAGGCCCUCUGCUCUUGCAGCGCAGCCACAAAAUAACUCCUGGAAGUUUACUAACAGCUUUGGGCCGCAGCGAUCCCUCUUUGAGGGAAAAAAGAGCCCAAAGCAACCUCAGACUACACAACAAACUCAAACUCAGGUCAAAUUUCCUAUGAAGCCAGCCAUUGAGAACUCACUGAGGAUCCUGACUUCAGUUAUUGAUGGCAUGAGACACUGGAGCCAGUUUAAAGACAAAGUCCCAUACAUGUUUGAGAUAUUUGCUACUCUAGACUCGGCGGUCACACUGGGUCACCUAGGAGCUAAGAACUUCCUCAUGAGAGAUGGAAAGGAGGUUGUGACGUGUGUCUUCUAUGAAAAUGAACAGGAACUGCCCCGGCUCAUCCGUGGUCAAGUCCAUCGCUGUGUGGGAAACUAUGACCGCAGUAGAGAUGUCCUGAUGUGUGUGUCCGUCAGACCCGGCCUGCCCUCAGAGCUGAGGAACGCUCAAGAGGCCGUCAAAGCCUGCGAUGCCGAGAUGAGAGCGCUGGUUAAAUCACUCAGUGAAGUCUGAGCCAGAGUACCGCAGGUACAAGACUGAGUGGAAGACAGUAUACCAGUAUUUAUGAGGGUGGAAUAGAUAACUGUUGUUAUGGGUAGAGGUCGCAGUAGUUUAAAAAGCAUGUUUAAAGUAUUAUUCACAUUUUUGACCUGUAAAGGGCGCUGUUGCGCUUGUUGUACUGGACUUUUGACAGUUGAAUUCCCUUGCUUUUGAGAAACAAAUUCAUGAAAGAGUUGUUUCAGAAAGUAAAGUCUCUCUUUUCGUA